AUGGGAUAUGUCAACGCCCAGGGGUGUGGCCGCCGAGCAUGGAAAGCGAGCUCGCUGCCCGAGUCGCAGGAACUUUUGCAACUCGAAAUCCCAUCAGGCUCCUCAUACACCCGCCUCCCCCCAGACCACACAACCUACCCCUUCCGCCUCCCCUUGACCCUCAUCGCCCGACGCUUCACCUCCGAAAUGCUCUCCUCCCUCACCCCAGAAGCCCGCACCGUCCUCGGCGGCUACAUAACCACCUGCGGGCACAACCCGCCCAAACCCCACUUCACCAAAGUCUACGGCCCCAAGGUGGUCGAGAAGCCAGCGGAUUUGGCGCCUGGGGAGUAUAAUUUUUGGAUGACGCUCGCGCCGUUUAUGACUGUGCAGGAUUUUGGUGUGUGUGAGUUUGGGGAGUGGGCGGAGAGGAUGAGGGCGUUGGCGACUGCUAGGGUUUUCUUGUGGGAUGAUAGGAAUAGCAAGGGUGGGAAGGAGUAA